AAAAAUAGUAAAAAUGGAGAAAAAAGAAAACGUAAUAUCUGCUUUGAGGACACCUAGCAAUAGUCCAACUGACACAGAUACAUCGAACGAACCUUCCAAAAUGAGAAAGAAGGAAAGUUUUAAUUUUUCUUUUGGCGCUAAGUCCAAAGAGAGCGAAGAACUCCCUUCAUUCAACCCUAGUGAUAAAGAGUUUGGGGUGAAGGUUAUGGCUCCACAGCUCCAGCUCAUCUCUUGAGAAAAGAAAGCUGAAGAAUUGAUAAUCGAAGAAAAGGGAUUUCUUUCUACGUUUGAUAAGGAGAAUAAUCUUAAUAAAAUAAAUAUGCUUCCUAGAUCUUCUGGAGUUCAACCUAGGAAGCCCAGAAACCAAAUACAAUCAAAAGAGAUAUCUAAGGAGAAAAGCAGAGAUAGGACUAAGAGAUACCUUAAAAACAAAGAAAUGAUUUCUAAAUCAAAACAGCAAAAUCUUCCAACUGCCAAAAGUGCCAGCAAUUUAGAAGGUAUUUUGUCAGAUAAGAACUUCACUGUGAUGUCUUUACCCCGCAAUAGUAUUCAGCCAAGCGAGAGGUCAUCUGUGACUACCAUAAGGCUUCAUCAGAAACGGAACUCUACUGCUAAAUUCUCCUUACCAGUAGAUAAAAUUGAGAAGAAUUCAAAGUCAUGAGCUUGAGUUAUUUUCUAACUUAAUUAGCCAGCUGGAGUGGGUAGUAGUACUACCUUUGUCUCUGGAAGGGAUUUAGCAACAUUUCAGGUUAUAAUCAAUCCCUGUUGUAGGAGUCUUCUUCCUGGCCAUAAUCGUUUAUUG